AUGCAUGUGGCAGGAGACUCAAUUGAAACAAUCGGCCUCGGUCUAGCCGGCCAUGUGGCGGGAGACUCAAAAAGUGCAGUCAUUGGCCUCGGUCUAGCCGGCCAUGUGGCGGGAGUCUCAAUAAGUGCAGUCAUUGGCCCCGGUCUAGCCGGCCAUGUGGCGGGAGUCUCAAUAAGUGCAGUCAUUGGCCCCGGUCUAGCCGGCCAUGUGGCGGGAGACUCAAUAAGUGCAGUCAUUGGCCCCGGUCUAGCCAGCCAUGUGGCGGGAGACUCAAUAAGUGCAGUCAUUGGCCCCGGUCUAGCCAGCCAUGUGGCGGGAGUCUCAAUAAGUGCAGUCAUUGGCCCCGGUCUAGCCGGCCAUGUGGCGGGAGUCUCAAUAAGUGCAGUCAUUGGCCCCGGUCUAGCCAGCCAUGUGGCGGGAGUCUCAAUAAGUGCAGUCAUUGGCCCCGGUCUAGCCGGCCAUGUGGCGGGAGACUCAAUAAGUGCAGUCAUUGGCCUCGGUCUAGCCGGCCAUGUGGCGGGAGUCUCAAUAAGUGCAGUCAUUGGCCCCGGUCUAGCCAGCCAUGUGGCGGGAGACUCAAUAAGUGCAGUCAUUGGCCCCGGUCUAGCCGGCCAUGUGGCGGGAGUCUCAAUAAGUGCAGUCAUUGGCCCCGGUCUAGCCGGCCAUGUGGCGGGAGUCUCAAUAAGUGCAGUCAUUGGCCCCGGUCUAGCCGGCCAUGUGGCGGGAGUCUCAAUAAGUGCAGUCAUUGGCCCCGGUCUAGCCGGCCAUGUGGCGGGAGACUCAAAAAGUGCAGUCAUUGGCCUCGGUCUAGCCGGCCAUGUGGCGGGAGUCUCAAUAAGUGCAGUCAUUGGCCCCGGUCUAGCCGGCCAUGUGGCGGGAGUCUCAAUAAGUGCAGUCAUUGGCCCCGGUCUAGCCGGCCAUGUGGCGGGAGUCUCAAUAAGUGCAGUCAUUGGCCCCGGUCUAGCCGGCCAUGUGGCGGGAGUCUCAAUAAGUGCAGUCAUUGGCCCCGGUCUAGCCAGCCAUGUGGCGGGAGUCUCAAUAAGUGCAGUCAUUGGCCCCGGUCUAGCCAGCCAUGUGGCGGGAGUCUCAAUAAGUGCAGUCAUUGGCCCCGGUCUAGCCAGCCAUGUGGCGGGAGUCUCAAUAAGUGCAGUCAUUGGCCCCGGUCUAGCCAGCCAUGUGGCGGGAGACUCAAUAAGUGCAGUCAUUGGCCCCGGUCUAGCCGGCCAUGUGACGGGAGUCUCAAUAAGUGCAGUCAUUGGCCCCGGUCUAGCCGGCCAUGUGGCGGGAGUCUCAAUAAGUGCAGUCAUUGGCCCCGGUCUAGCCGGCCAUGUGACGGGAGUCUCAAUAAGUGCAGUCAUUGGCCCCGGUCUAGCCGGCCAUGUGACGGGAGUCUCAAUAAGUGCAGUCAUUGGCCCCGGUCUAGCCAGCCAUGUGGCGGGAGUCUCAAUAAGUGCAGUCAUUGGCCCCGGUCUAGCCGGCCAUGUGGCGGGAGUCUCAAUAAGUGCAGUCAUUGGCCCCGGUCUAGCCAGCCAUGUGGCGGGAGUCUCAAUAAGUGCAGUCAUUGGCCCCGGUCUAGCCGGCCAUGUGGCGGGAGUCUCAAUAAGUGCAGUCAUUGGCCCCGGUCUAGCCGGCCAUGUGGCGGGAGACUCAAUAAGUGCAGUCAUUGGCCCCGGUCUAGCCAGCCAUGUGGCGGGAGUCUCAAUAAGUGCAGUCAUUGGCCCCGGUCUAGCCAGCCAUGUGGCGGGAGUCUCAAUAAGUGCAGUCAUUGGCCCCGGUCUAGCCGGCCAUGUGGCGGGAGUCUCAAUAAGUGCAGUCAUUGGCCCCGGUCUAGCCGGCCAUGUGGCGGGAGUCUCAAUAAGUGCAGUCAUUGGCCCCGGUCUAGCCGGCCAUGUGGCGGGAGUCUCAAUAAGUGCAGUCAUUGGCCCCGGUCUAGCCGGCCAUGUGGCGGGAGUCUCAAUAAGUGCAGUCAUUGGCCCCGGUCUAGCCGGCCAUGUGACGGGAGUCUCAAUAAGUGCAGUCAUUGGCCCCGGUCUAGCCAGCCAUGUGGCGGGAGUCUCAAUAAGUGCAGUCAUUGGCCCCGGUCUAGCCAGCCAUGUGGCGGGAGUCUCAAUAAGUGCAGUCAUUGGCCCCGGUCUAGCCAGCCAUGUGGCGGGAGUCUCAAUAAGUGCAGUCAUUGGCCCCGGUCUAGCCGGCCAUGUGGCGGGAGUCUCAAUAAGUGCAGUCAUUGGCCCCGGUCUAGCCAGCCAUGUGGCGGGAGUCUCAAUAAGUGCAGUCAUUGGCCCCGGUCUAGCCAGCCAUGUGGCGGGAGACUCAAUAAGUGCAGUCAUUGGCCCCGGUCUAGCCGGCCAUGUGGCGGGAGUCUCAAUAAGUGCAGUCAUUGGCCCCGGUCUAGCCAGCCAUGUGGCGGGAGUCUCAAUAAGUGCAGUCAUUGGCCCCGGUCUAGCCGGCCAUCCGGCCAUGUGGCGGGAAGUCUCAAUAAGUGCAGUCAUUGGCCCCGGUCUAGCCGGCCAUGUGGCGGGAGUCUCAAUAAGUGCAGUCAUUGGCCCCGGUCUAGCCGGCCAUGUGGCGGGAGUCUCAAUAAGUGCAGUCAUUGGCCCCGGUCUAGCCGGCCAUGUGGCGGGAGUCUCAAUAAGUGCAGUCAUUGGCCCCGGUCUAGCCAGCCAUGUGGCGGGAGUCUCAAUAAGUGCAGUCAUUGGCCCCGGUCUAGCCGGCCAUGUGGCGGGAGUCUCAAUAAGUGCAGUCAUUGGCCCCGGUCUAGCCAGCCAUGUGGCGGGAGUCUCAAUAAGUGCAGUCAUUGGCCCCGGUCUAGCCGGCCAUGUGGCGGGAGUCUCAAUAAGUGCAGUCAUUGGCCCCGGUCUAGCCGGCCAUGUGGCGGGAGUCUCAAUAAGUGCAGUCAUUGGCCCCGGUCUAGCCGGCCAUGUGGCGGGAGUCUCAAUAAGUGCAGUCAUUGGCCCCGGUCUAGCCGGCCAUGUGGCGGGAGUCUCAAUAAGUGCAGUCAUUGGCCUCGGUCUAGCCGGCCAUGUGGCGGGAGUCUCAAUAAGUGCAGUCAUUGGCCCCGGUCUAGCCGGCCAUGUGGCGGGAGACUCAAUAAGUGCAGUCAUUGGCCCCGGUCUAGCCGGCCAUGUGGCGGGAGUCUCAAUAAGUGCAGUCAUUGGCCCCGGUCUAGCCAGCCAUGUGGCGGGAGACUCAAUAAGUGCAGUCAUUGGCCCCGGUCUAGCCAGCCAUGUGGCGGGAGUCUCAAUAAGUGCAGUCAUUGGCCCCGGUCUAGCCGGCCAUGUGGCGGGAAGUCUCAAUAACAUACCAAAGUUCACUGAUACAAAAAUUAUUCCCUGGUUUUAG